GCUUACUGUUGUGUAUUGAUGAUCGCAGUAACGCUUGUGGAAGUCCUGUCGUUGCUGGAUGAUUCAGCCAGCGGACCUCAGAUUGAGUGCACUGUUUUUUGCAUUCGAGGACCUCUGAUGAGCAAGCCCAUGGAUACAGAAUAUGGGAACUACAACUUCGAUCUGGUGCCAUUAAUUUUGCUUUCGGUGUUAGUCAUGAUGUCUGAGGUGAGGGACAUAGCUACCUACAUCUACUCCAACUGGACUAAAGUUGCCGUCACCUGCCACCUUGUAAACCAUGCCUCUUCACAGCAUUCACUUCUCAAGAAGAAAUGGAUUGGCCUUCUGCUGCGUUGUCGAUGCAAGCUGAUGAAGCAUUGGGAUGAGAAAAUAGGUCAGUGCACUAUGCUGGAGAUUUGCCCGAGAACAACCGUGCCUGUACUUCUCAGGCGUCUCCUCAACUUACCAGACCACAAGAGGAAGGUCAAUGUGCCUGCAGCAGUGAAGGUUUGCAUCAUGGAAGUUGUAAGAAGCACUAGAAAUAGAGACCUUAGCAAUGGCACAGCAUCUCUCCGCUGCCGGGGCCAAGUUGGUGAAAGGCUCCUCUGGGCUUGCAACAACAAGAGUGUGUCUUAUACCAUACUGACAUGGCACAUCGCCACAAUAAUCCUCGAGGUCAGGUACCCACACCGGCUUGAUCAACAACAAGGUUCCUCUUCUCCAAUUCCGAACACGGAUUAUAAGAUCGUUGCCACUCACCUAUCAAGGAGCCUGUACGAGGAUGUCAAGAAGGAUGUUGAGCGUGUACUUGCCGGCUGCACAGCAGGAGACUCACUGACGCCAGAAGCAAAUUGCCAACAGCUGAUCGAAGUGCUGAGUGCAGAUGCGAAGCAUGAAGUGCUCAAGGAAGGCGCUAGGCUUGGAAAGCAGUUGUUGGCGCUGGUGGUCGAAGGUGAGGACGAUACGGCGUUGUGGAAGUUACUGGCUGAAUUUUGGUCGGAGAUGAUCGUGUAUGUCGCGCCAUCCGACAACCAAAAAGGUCAUUCGGAGGCCAUCGCCAGGGGUGGCGAGCUGAUAACUCUGCUCUGGGUGUUGCUCUUCCAUGCUGGGAUCCUCAGUAGGCCAGGUGAGGACGACGGCGUUGCUCCUACUUCUGUUGGCGUGGUUUAGUAGAGCCUCCUAUGUUUGGAACUACUGUUUCCUCCUUGUUUCGGAUUCUUCAUCGUGGUGCGUUGUCUGCAGUUGUUUGUGUAUGUUGAGUUCAUUUCAUAUACCAGAAUUUGUUAACUUGCGGCAGCAUGUGACUCCAUCUUGGUAAUCAGAUCAUCAAUUGUAACAAGUCUAUUUAGAGGUCCUAUAAUAUUGUCGAGACUCGAUAUUCAGAUGUAAUGUUACAUUAUUUCUA